AUGCUUGCGCUGGUACCAGGACCUCCCCCUAAGGUCUCCAACAUGAGCACAGAUGGACAAGUCGUGAACAGCACGUCAUCCAUUCAAUUGUACCCAUUGACUAUUCACCACACCCCGUCCUUGUCCAUCUAUCAGGCUCAGGCUCAACAUACGUCUACUACUACUAUGCAAAGCAUCUCGCACCCUACUAGUAACUGGAAGCGCGUUGGAACUCCCAGGGCUAUUGGUGCUCUGUGCAACCGAUCCCCUGCAUUAUUGCAUCACUUGACCAUGCCAAUUGUUGUGCGUUCUGCUACUAGUAGGUUGAACAUGGACAAAAAACUCCCAUCACCUAUAUUCCCGAUAACAACGGAGCCAGGCUCUGACUGCGAAGACAGCGAUAAUGAAUCUACUAACUCCAAUGACACCCAGGCUAGCAAGGAAUUCAAGGCCCAGCUUGUUUUGAAUGUGACCCGAGCACAGCGAGAUGUUUGCCUGGCAGAGAAGACACUCACAGACUCCGUUCUCAAGCAGAAUGUUGCACUUGGGAAACUCUACGAGUUCGAGGCCACAGAAGCUGAGAGGAAAUUGGAGGAUGCUGAUAUCGACAUUGGUUAUGUUCACCAUUCGGUCCGCAAAAGUGGAAUCACAUUGUUGGAGGACUUUGCUACUAGUAAACCUCGAAAACGCCGUCGCAGAUCUACUAGUCACAUUGAUAGUGAUACGCUCAGCCCGGAAGUAGAUUUAGCUCGCUCACCACCACUGGCAGGAUCUCCGAGUGUGACUCCGAGUCAAACACUCGAUUAUGAUGUGGUGUCCGAUUCUUUGGGCUUCAAGUUGUGA